AUGACGACAAACAUUGUUGAGUCGGUGAAUGCAAUGUUCAAUGUAGAAAGAGAAUUUCCCAUUAAUGCUCGAUUUGAUGCCAUAAACAGGAGGUUUGCAGAAAAAUUCCAUGAGAGGUGUAUGGACUUGAUCGAUUCACCAACCACCUUUGUUCCUUCAGCCUUGAAAUUUUUUUUUCAAAAUUUGUCAACUGGGAACAAGUUAUUAGCCCAUCAAAUAGCCAACUACAAGUUCAAGAUCAUCGGUCACGGCAUAGUGACAAUCGAUCUGCAAAGUAGAUCUUGUACUUGUAGAGUUUUUGACCUGGACAAAAUACCUUGUCCACAUGCAAUGGCAGCGCUUCGUGUCCAAUAUGGUGACGACUUUGGAAGGCGGAUUUAUGACUACUCAUCUCCAUAUUAUAAGGUGGAGAAUUACAUAAUUGCAUAUUGUGAGGAAAUUUAUCCUGUGCCUUCUGAAGAAUCUUGGGAAGUUCCUUUGGAGAUUUUAGAGAGAGAAAUACCUCCUCCAUAUAUUGAUCCAAGCAAACCCGAAGAAGGCGGACAAAGAGGAGGCGUGGAAUCGGGAAUCAUUUCUAACGAGGAAAACAAAUGCUCCUUAUAA